UUAGAGGGCGAAGUGGCGGUUCACCAGUUCAUUUCCCGCAGUAGAACACUGGAGGUCGCGUCUCGAACUGUCCUAUAUAACGUGAAUACGCCGCUCGACUGCUUACAACCCGGUCCAAGCUCACGCUGCCAACACCACUCGCAUCCACGGAACCGAUCGAUCGCGGGAGCGGCUCGUCGUAGUGACGCUGUGCGCCAGUCUGCGGUAACACAUCGCACCGACCUGUGAUACUGUGCACCGAUCGACAGAUAACCGAACACGUGCAACAAAAUGAACAGCUACAUCACUAUCGUACUAUUACUGGCGUGUGUCGCUGGCAGUACGGCGCAGUACAAUCAUUUCGGCGGCGGCUUCUCUGACGGAUACUUCGGCACGAGUUUCGGCGUGCCUGGAUACAGUGGGCUAUCGGCGGCAGGGGGCAGGGACCCUAGAGCUAACACAGGUCCAGUGUUGUUCCCGCCUUCGCCUCCCACAGGCCCCCUACAGUCAAGUGGCGUAGUCGCCGGCGCGUCCGGGUACGGAUUUGUGCCCCCCGGCUCGCCAGGUCCCGCACUACCGAGAUAUUACUACCGAGGAUUCUUCCUAAGAUAGGAAAAGCAACAGCCAAUUUAACUAAAUGAAUUCCAUGUACCUUAUACUUUUCUCUUAUAUGUGUAUAAUAAUAUAAUUUUGUAAAUUAAACAAUUUGUAAAAAAUAAUAUGUAAAUAGGCAGUCAUGAAACUGUGAUAUUUCUGAACGGAUGCUACGUAUGUUUAACUUUUUUUUUUCUUUUUUAAAUUAUGACUUUUAGUGACAUUAUAUGAGUAGGUGUAACUUAAGAAUGACUGUCACUCGACUAUGAGUAUGAAUGUAAAUAAAAUUGUGUAAUACCCUCUC